UCCAACCACCAACACACACUGUAGUUCUGUAGUUAGAUCGUCCCCAGGCACAGAGAGGGAACGAGCCAGAAAACCACGGAACACCAACCAACUCCCACGCUUUUUAAGAAAGUAAGCCGAGCUGUCUGUUUGAGUAGCCAAAAGAGACUAGUCCUUUGGUAUGUGGCCUGUGCUUCUUUUGGGUCUGGUUUUGGCCUUGGUGCCAUCAUCUCAUCAGAGAGGACUUUCUAUGUUGGAUAUCCAAGACAUUGUCGAUCAACUUGGAGACGAAAUCAUCACACAUCAAGGCCUCUCACAAGACAAGGGCAAUGUUCCCAUUGCUGCCCAACAAGAUCUCACUCAACAAUAUGGAUCUUCGGAUCAAAAUGAAGUGUCCGACGUUCCUCAUCCAGUGAAGGUUCACAAUUGGGGCGAGAAGCUGGACAUUGGACAAUUGGUCAGUGUUGACGUCGAUUCUCAAGACCAGCCAAUCAUUUUACACAGAGGAAACGUGGUGUGGGAUGAAACAUCCUUUGAUAAGAGCUUUGAGCUGAAGAAACGAUCUUUGAUCCCAAAUGACACCGUUUUAACUUUGGAUCCGGAUACUGGAGUGGUUCUUAACUCUUGGGGAGCCAAUCUCUUCGCCAUGCCCCAUGGAGUCACAACUGAUGACGAUGGGAACACUUACAUCACAGAUGCUGGACUCCAUCAAGUGCUGCGGUUUACAGCCGGAGCUUCCAAGCCAGACCUUGUUUUAGGCAAAGCUUUUAUCCCUGGUAAUGACAACUCACACUUUUGCCAACCCACAUCCGUGGCAGCCUCCUCCAAAGCCGGCAUCUUUUUCGUGGCUGACGGUUAUUGCAACUCCCGAGUUUUGAAGUACAACCAAGAUGGAACCCUCUUGAAAAUCAUUAAUGGAAAUUGGAAUGUGGUCCAUAGCUUGGCACUCUUUGAAGAUGACGAUGUCCUUUGCUUGUCGGAUCGCGAAGGCCAACAGAUCGAUUGUUUCAAAGCCGGUUUGGAUCGCCCCAAGCACACAAACACUGACGAUAACACGGGAAAGAAAAUUGUUUCUUAUACUGGAGUUGGCCGAAUCUAUGGUAUUGCAUCAAAAGGUACGGCUUUGCUCGCAGUGAGCGGAAAACCAUCGGUUCGUGGCAUAACCAUCGACACCGCCUCAGAAGACCAGUCUAUAUUGGAUCAAUGGGGCUUGAAUGAGGGACUGACUUUUCCUCAUGAUUUGGCUAUCUCAUUGACCGGAGACACGGUUUACGUGGCUGAUAGUGGUCUUCAACGGGGAGUUUUGCACAAAUUUGAGGUGGUACGCUCAAUUGAGGAUUUCUAGUUGCAAGAACCCUAUAGAAAACAAAGAUCAAAGACGAAGGACUUGAUCACCACGGAAAUAUUUUAACCUUCAAAAAUACUCCCUCAACAAUACCUAUACUUAUUUAUUUAUUUAUCUAGUUAUUUGCUAAAUGAUUUAUUCACUCCUCAGCGUCCCUAAUACAUAUCUAUAGCUGUAAAUCCUCCAAAUCAAAUCUCCCUCCUAAAAAGUGGAAUGUGAUUUUAAGAAAAAUAGUAGUUCCAAAAAGGGUUGAAAUUAUCUUCUUAUUUUGGCUCAUAAGCCAGAGAGUAUUCAGUUAUUUUUGGACCAUAUUAUAUAAGAAUAAACAAUUGAAAUUCUGA